AUGGUGACCCCCGAGUCCGGACCGACCGCGAGGUCAGGCCUUGCGAUCAUCUGCCCGCGGACUCCUCCGUCUUCUCACGAUGCCGCAUCCAGCCCUUCCAGCAGCCGCAAUGCGGGCGCUCCUGCGCUUUACGCUCCUUCCGCACCAGUAGACGUGCCUUGCGUAUCGAAUCCUUCCACGCCGGGCCUCCCGUCGCUGCAAAUUCGCACCGACUUACCCGACAUCCGUCCCACCAGCUCGCAUCACGACUCAGAUCCCUUGGCCUCGAUCAGUCUCUCCGGCAGCCUCCCGCGACGGACCCCGAGUCUUCGCGCCCUCGUCGCUCCCCCGAUUUCGAGUGCCGGCUCCUUGUCUCCGGCCUCGUUUAUGUCGUCGCCGCAGCUCAACGCCAUGGGCGACAUCACCCCUUUGCCCUCGCCGAUCGGCGGGGCAUUGCCGUGGCGGCGCGGAGACGUGCCUUCCUUGUCUCGCACCUCGUCCAACGCGUCGCGCAGCGGAUCGAGUUUGCGACUGAGUGACUCAUCGCAGAUGCUUGGUCCGCCAGCGUCCCGCUCUCAUGGCAAAUCAUAUAAUGGUUUGGACAACCAGGGAGAAGAAUCACCGUCGAAUCGCAUCCGUCGCGACUCGCCCACCAAGCAUGCUCGAAAUCGCAGUCUGAGUGACUAUGUACCACCGGGCCGCAUGUCUAUCCCGCGCCCGGUUGCGGUCUCGGGUGCUGGUCCAAGCAUUGCACCGUCUUCGAGUACCGACUCCAAAUCGACUGGUUUGCAGCGCGAACAAUACCUCGCCGUUCACCGUGGCAUUGCCUUGCCCAACGUUCGCCCUCCAAGCCCUCCGCGUAGUAGCGGAAGCGCCUAUGGAUAUAGCGACGCGGAGCCUGUCAUUCAUCAUCCGGCACCACUCUCCACCCGGGAGGAAAUAUACUCUGUGAAGUCGGUUCGCACUCAGCAGGCCCGCAUCUAUCGUAAGAUCCGGGUUCUAGGGCAAGGGACGUUCAGCCAGGUCAGCCUGGCUGCGCGAGUGGAACAAGUGCCGGAAGCUCCUCUCUCGCCGGAUACCGAUCGCGCCGGUGAAGCCGCACCGAUCGGGACAACCCAAAAGCUGGUUGCGGUGAAGAUCAUCGAGCAUGGGCCUGCCGGUGGCGCCGAUGAAGAGCGGCUCGAGGUGUCCUUGAAGCGCGAAGUAGACAUUCUGAAAUCAGUGAACCAUCCUUCGCUGGUCCAGCUAAAAGCCUUCGGUAGCGAUGAAAAGCGCGCUCUGCUUGUGCUGGACUAUUGUCCUGGCGGUGAUCUGUUUGAAUUUGCAACCUCGGGUCACCAGCCCAUGUCCCCGGGUCUAAUUCGUCGAAUUUUUGCUGAGUUGCUCGAUGCGGUCCGCUACCUGCAUUCCAACUAUAUUGUUCACCGGGACAUCAAACUAGAAAACGUCUUGCUCACCAUGCCAAUCCACGCUGUGGAAUCUGUCGAAGACUGGAGCACAUAUGACCGCGCUGUCGUGACUCUCAGUGAUCUGGGGCUCUCUCGACGUAUUCCAGAGCCACCCGAGAGCCCGCUGUUACAGACUCGCUGUGGAAGCGAGGACUAUGCCGCUCCUGAGAUCUUGAUGGGCCAGCCCUAUGAUGGCCGUGCGACUGACGCUUGGGCUCUGGGUGUGCUGUUGUAUGCUAUCAUGGAGAAUCGUCUGCCAUUCGACGUUCUCCCCGGUACUCGUGGCGACCCGGCGAAACUUCGCGCGCGCACUCCCCAUCGGAUUGCCCGCUGUGAGUGGAGCUGGUAUCGAUAUGCUAAUGAGGAUGAGGAGUGGGACCCCGAAAAGGCACAGGGACUAGAUGGCGCUCAGGAUUGUGUGGAAGGGCUGCUGAAGCGCAACACGAAGCGUAAGACGCUGGAUCAGAUUGCCGCCAUCCCGUGGGUGCGAGAUGCGAUCAACGUCCCUGCUGGGCUCAAACGAGGUGACAAAGAGGUGCCGUAG